AUGGACGGUGGAAAUGAGGGAUCUCCACUUUUACGAUCACAGACCACCGUCGAUCUGAGUCGGAACGAUGAGGCAGUGGCGGACCUGACGGGAAAAAUUCAUCAGCUACCAUGCUGCAUCAAGUACGAAGGUUCUACCUCCGUUUCUGACUAUUUCAAGCCCAAAUCCUCUGGCAUGGAAGUGGAUGGGUUAAGAGUGGAGGAAGCAUACUUCAGAGGAAGGAAAUUACAUGGCACAACUCUUCCCCUUCCAGACGGCUAUUCUGGUUUCAUCUUAGGAAUGAAAAGUUAUGAUGAGAACACUAAUACUGAAACUUCAUAUUGCUGGGAGGCAAAUGCAAAGUUUCAUAAUAUAACAGUAUGGAAUCAUGACAGCCUUCCUUCUAAUGAUGAUGCAUUCUUGCGCACCUUUCACUGGUUUGCUGUUUCGAAAGCACUGCACCAAGAAGUCAAUGACGUAGAUUUGGAAUCCCUUCCAGUCGAUCAGGACCUGGUGUAA